GAAUAUUUAUCAAGACCACUCAAAGUCCACAUAACUCAACAUAGAUUGAUAUUUAUGCCAUCAGGCCAAACAUUGUGUAUCUCAAUUCUCAAUCAAAUUCAAUUCAAUGGAUAAACUACAAAACACUAACCUUAAAUCAUCAUCUGUAUCUAACCAAUACUACAGAAGCUGCAAAAGGAAACCAUACAUAAAUCACAAACAUGACUUUAUACUUAAAAAACUAAAACCAGCAAUCCAAAACAGUAAAUCUUGCCCAAUCUGUAUGACCCACCAAAUUAAACAACCAGCUGUUAUUUCUGUUUGCUUACAUACUUACUGCACCCACUGUAUUCUUAAAUGGAGUCAAUUCAAAACAAAGUGUCCCCUUUGUAAUGCUGUAUUUGUUUCUCUGUUUCUUGAUAUUGAUCUUCUUUCUUUGACUUAUCGUACUCGAUAUUUGUCGGGUCCUGUUGUUAAGGAAUCUAGUACGAGGUUUAGUAAUAGUAAUGUUGGUGGUAUAUAUGCUAGAAGAAGAGAUUUCAUGGUCCAAAGAAGAGAACAAGUAAACGUUAACAGAAAAACAAGGCCGUUACCAAGGCAGAGGUCAUUUGGGCAGUCCAGUAAAGAGAGCAUUUUGCAUUGGCGUGCCAGCAUAUAUGAGCAGAAUAUGUGUGCUGUACCUUGUCCUAGUAGAAAGUCACUUAAGCAGGGUUUUGGGGGAAGUAAGAGUUACAAGGAAAUGCUACUACAAAAAAUAGAGCCAUGGAUACACAGGGAACUCCAUGCUGUUCUUGAGGAUCCAAAUCCAACUAUACUUGUUCAUUUGGUGACCUCACUCUAUAUCUCAAGCCUUGAAGAAACACCUUCUGUUCCUAGUGGGGUAAAAGACAACUAUCUUGAACGUUUGCGGCCUUUUCUGCUUGGACAGACUAAUACAUUCUGGCAUGAACUCAGAUGUUUUGCAGAAAGCUCAUUCAACAUGGAAACAUAUGACACAGUAGUCAAAUAUGUAAAAUGGUCAAAUUGAGCGAGUACAUUGGCCCCAGUCAAGACUUGUAGAACAACAAAGUCUGAAUUUUGUUGUUUAUCAAUUUGCCGAAGAACAACAAAGUCUGAAUUUUGUUGUUUAUCAAUUUGCCGAGCUCAUUGUGAAGUGGAUGGUCGGUGCUAAAGCUAAGCACUCUGACUUUGAAGAUGCCAUAACAUCUAGAUAUGUUAAUAGUCAAUGUGGGGCUUGAAGCGAUUGGCAAUGUCAAAAUUCUGUGAAAGUUCAGCAUCUGUUAAUUGACACACAAAGGCCAUGUCAAAUUUCAACCCAGAAUCACAUCUGAGUGAACACAAUUAUGCCUAGAUCUCAUGUAUUUAUAGGUCGCUUGUUUGGUGGAAAUUACAGCAUAUAGUUAAGCUGGAGAGUUGCUUCAAAGAUGUAAACUUUAUACCAAGUCUUGUGUUUAAAUGUGAAGUUACGGUCAUGCUACUUGUUUAUUCA